AUGCUGAGUCUUGCUACACAUUUCAAUCCUUUCUUCGGUGCCUACAACUCCGAGUCGAAUCCGUCCAACAACAUCGAUGCCUUUCCACAGCAAUUUGCUGCGACACAGGGCCUCUGGAAUCCAAAUCCAAAUGAUCCUGCGCAAGUCGAGCCUCCUACAUCAGGUUGUGACAAAAAUGGGAGAUCCUUCGGUUGCUACCCAGAAGCUGAAAAGCAGUGA